AUGGAUCCGGACACGGAGGUCGACUUCGACUUCUCGCCCUUCCUCGUGCGCUACAAGAGCGGGCGCGUCCACCGCCUCAUGGGCUCCUUCAGAGCCAGCGCCGGCAUGGAUGCCGCCACCGGCGUCACCUGCAAGGACGUCCUCAUCGACGCUGACGCCGGCCUCGCCGCGCGGCUCUACCUGCCCAAGGGCGUCCCGGCCUCCAAGAAGCUCCCAGUCCUCGUCUACUUCCACGGCGGCGCCUUCGUCGUCCAAACCGCCUUCUCCGCCGUCUACUACCGCUUCCUCAACGCGCUCGUAGCCGCGGCGGGCGUCGUCGCCGUGUGCGUCGACUACCGCCUCGCGCCCGAGCACCCGCUGCCGGCCGCCUACCACGACGCGUGGGCCGCGCUCCGCUGGACCCUGUCGAGCUGCUCGUCCGCUGGGAAGGAGCCGUGGCUGGCCGAGCACGGCGACGCCGCGCGCAUCUUCGUCGCGGGCGACAGCGCCGGCGCCAACAUCGCGCACAACGUGGCGAUGAAGGCCGGCAGCGCCCGGAUCGAGGUCGAGGGGAUGGCGCUCCUGCACCCCUACUUCCGCGGCAGGGAUCUCCUGCCGUCCGAGGGCACGAACCCCAGGCUCGCGCGCGCGGAGCGUGGAGAGGAGACGUGGGCCUUCGUGUGCGCCGGGAGGUACGGGAUCGACCACCCGUUCAUCAACCCGCUGGCGAUGCCGGCGGAGCAGUGGGCGAAGCUCGGCUGCCGGCGAGCUCUGGUCACCGUGGGGGACCUCGACACGCUGCGGGACAGAACCCGGAGGUACGUGGAGACGCUGAGGUGGAGCGCGUGGGGAGGCCAGGAGGCGCUGCUGCACCAGACCAACGGCGAGGGGCAUGUCUACUUUCUCGAGAAAUCCGGCCAGGGCCACAAGGCGGACAAGGAGAUGGACGCCGUCGUCUCCUUCAUCAAAGGAAGACACGAUGGAUUCAUUCUAGGAUCCACCUGCUCAUCGUCCUUGUGA